AUGUCUCAAUAUAAUGAUGUUGAUUAUACAACAGAUAUCGAUUGGCUUGAAGAAGCAAUAGCUAAAAAAUACUUUAAAUAUUAUGAAUUCGAGAAUUUUAGCAAUAUUCAAGAAAUUGGUACUGGAGGUUUCGGAAAAGUUUUCCGCGCAAGUUGGAAAAGUUCAGGACAAUAUUUAGCCUUAAAAACUUUUUUUAAUUUUGAUGAUGCUACAAUUAAAGCAAUAUCUCGUGAGUUAAAACUUCAACGUGAAGUUGAUUUUCAUAAUAAUAUUAUUCGUUUCUUUGGAAUUACAAAAUAUGAGCCAGAAAACAAAAAUAAUUUAUUAAACUUGAACCGGUAUUCAUUAGUAAUGGAAUAUGCCGAUAAUGGUACGCUUCGAAAAUAUUUGGGGAAAAAUUUCGAUAAUAUUACUUGGAAAGAUAAACUAAAUAUGGCUUAUCAACUUGCCAGUGCCGUUUCAUGUUUACAUAACGAAGGUAUUGUGCAUAGAGACCUGCACUCCAAUAAUAUAUUGGUUCUUAAGAAUAAGAUUAAAUUGGCCGAUUUUGGAUUAUCAAAGAGUAUUGAAGAAACGUCUAACGUGCAAUCUUCAAAAUUAUUUGGUGUUAUUCCUUAUAUUGAUCCAAAAAGAUUAAUGAAUCAAAAAUAUAAAUUAAAUGAAUUGAGUGACGUAUAUAGUGUUGGCGUGUUAUUGUGGGAAAUAUCCAGUGGUAAACAACCUUUUUGUAGUGAAGGUGAAGCAUAUGAUAUUGGGUUAGCUUUUGAAAUUUCACAAGGUUCUAGGGAAGAACCUAUUCCUGAUACGCCUGAGGCUUAUGUUACGCUUUAUACCGAAUGUUGGGAUAAAGAACCAAUUUUUCGUCCGACCAUGAAUGAAGUAGUCGAUCAAUUGGGAGCAAUUAUGUAUUCAAUUAGCGAAAUAAACGAAUAUAAUACUGUAAGUGGACGACAAAAAAAUGAUUCAAUUACUGGUGAAAUUGAAAAUUGUGUUGCUUCUGAUGAUUUAAUUGCAUGUAAGAAAAUGGAAUGUUCCAACAAACAAGAUAUACAAGAUGAACAAGAUGAACAAGAUGAUAAAAGUGAUGAAGAAUUAAUAAAUAAUUCAAAUUCUUCAUUUAUAAAGCCAUUAAUAAGCGUAAUAGCUGAUGAAAUGGCUAACCUAAUUUUUAAUGAAGAAAAAAAAUUGGAAGUGUCUACUAUUUGUCGUUAUUGUGAAGUUUAUAAUGUCAAAUCAGAAGAAGUUUAUGAGUGGUUAUUGGAAAACCAAUAUGAUUCAAAUUAUAUUUUUUUACUCGGAGUUUUUAAUCAUUUAGGAAUUGAAACUAAUGCUAAUAAGGAAAAGGCGGUCGAAUUAUAUCAAAAAGCGGCAGUCUUAGGACAUAGUGUAGCGCAGUAUAAUCUUGCUUGUAUGUAUAAAGAAGGAAAAGUUGUAUGUCGAGAUAAUGAGAAAAUUUUUAACUUACUUGAAAAUUCAGCUGAAGGAGAAUACUUAAACGCAAUAAAUAUGUUAGGAGAGUGUUAUUAUAAGGAAAUCGGAACUGAUAUUGACAAAGAAAAAGCUUUUGAGUUAUAUCAAAAAGCAGCGAAUUUAGGGCAUAGUGUAGCUCAAUAUAAUCUCGCACAAAUGUAUAGAAAAGGAGAUGGUGUUGAUAAAGAUGAAAAGAAAGCUUUUGAAUUAUUUGAAGAAUCUUCUAAAGAAUGUUUAAACGGAAAGUUUAUGUUAGGGUACUGUUAUAGUAAGGGAAUUGGAACUAGUGUUGAUAAGAAAAAGGCAGCCGAAUUAUAUCAGCAAUCUGCAGAUCAAGGACAUGAGUUAGCUAAAAAUAAUCUUGCCAUUUUAUAUAAGAGAGGAGAAGGUGUUAAUAAAGAUAGUGACAAAGCUUCCGAAUUAUUUAAAGAAUUAUAUCUCAAAGGAUACUCAAAUAUAUACGGUACAAUAUUAGAUUGUUGUGAUAUUGAUGAUGACGAGAAAGGGCAAGUUAAAAGUUUUUUUAAUAAUAAGUGUGUGAGUUUAAUCAAUACUUUAGUUAGUGAUCUGAGUGACGAAAAACAAGUUGAAAUUUGUCAGGCUGCAGCAGAAGUUGGACAAAAGUUGAUUAAAUUCGAUUCUGCUGAAAUUGUUGAUAAUUAUAAAACUUGUGAAGGGAUUAUUAAAAAUAUAAAAAAUGUGUUCUAUAGGAGUGCGGAUGAAAUUAAAAAAUUUAAGAAUUAACAAUAUUUUAAAAAUAAAUUAUUUAUUUUGUAUAUAAAAUGUUUCAAUUAAUAAAAUUCUUG